AUGGGCUUCGUUUUGCAAACCAGCGUCUUAUUCGCUGUCGUCAUCGCUGUGGGCCUGCAGCUCAUGCUGAAGGACCCUAUCAAGCUGGCAUUCGGCCUCGGCAAGACGAUCCAGCCUCUUUCUGACUUCCCCUAUGAUUGUCGCCGGAUUGAGGACCCCCGGCUACAAGCAUGCGAGGACAUGUGGUUGUCGGAGUCGACACGCCAGCUCUUCCUGGCCUGCUCUGACUCCUUGGCUCGCCAGCGGUGGAUGCCCAACGCCCAUCAAUUUAACGUCUCUGGACGCUCGACUCGAGAUGCCAUAGUUGCUCUUGACAUUGAUAAGCCCAAAGGCGAUGCGUUCGAGUAUCGCACUCUCUCAACCCCCGGCUUCACAGGCACUGCUGGCGAUGGCUUGCUUCAACUCGUGGGCUUUACGGGUAUCGAUGCUCCCAAUGGUGACCGGGUGGAGCUUCUUGUAGUCAACAACCGGCCGCCAAUUGACCCUGCUACUGGCGAGGUACUCGAUGAGGCGCACGAGGGCGCCAACUCCACCAUCGAGGUCUUUGAGACCGGUCCUUUGGCCACGGGGCUGAAGCAUAUCCGCACGUUAGCUAAUGCAAACAUCUCUAGUCCUAACAGAAUAGCUGCUCUUUCCAGCACUUCCUUCUAUUUCACCAACAACAGCGGCGACAAAAAGAGGGGACUGGGAUUCUUUCUGAGCGGGUUCAUGGGCCACGGUGAUGUAGCUUACUGCUCGGCCUCGGGAUGCAAGCGCGUCUAUACCAACCUCAAGGUGCCCAACGGCUUGGUCCGUGGUCUUGACGGCCUCAUUUACGUUCCAAGCGCCUUGUUCGGUGGAGUCAAGGUGUUCCGCGUCCGACCCGACAACAAUGGGCUCGUAUGGGUGGCAGACAUCCCUGUGCCUUAUGGCAUUGACAAUCUGUCCGUGGACAGUAAGGGCGACCUAUACGCUGCAGUAUUCCCGCGAGGUGCCGAGAUCCUGCAGUCGUUUGAGGACCCUUUCAACGCAAGACCCAAGAGCGCUGCUGUGCGCAUCCAUAAGGAUAGUGAGGGUGCCUACACGUGGGAGAAGAUUAUCGAGGAUGGCGAGGGAGAGGUGCUUCCUGGCACGACGACAGUUGUGCACGAUGCGAAAACCGGAAGGCUGUUUUUCAGCGGUGUGGUAUCGCCAUUCAUCGCAGUGUGUGAACCUAAAAAGUAA